AUGAAUGGGAAUAUGGGAGAGGUCUCAGUACACAGCCAUGUGGAGCUUGCACACAGUCAGGACAGUCGGAUGCUCCACGCGCGAGACAUCUCGGCCGCCUUCCCACGUCCUGCUUUGGGAAGCCCUCCGAUGGGCUUGGAACAUGAGCACAGAAGCCCUGGAUAUGAGCACAGUAUGUCAACAUUGGGCUAUGGCAGGGAGAGCCCUUCUAACACCUAUACCACACUGACCCCCUUGCAGCCAUUCGAUGACAAGUUUCACCAUCAUCACCACCAUCCGUGUUUGCCCGUCAGCAACGUGAUUGGUAGCUUUACACUUAUGCGAGAGGAUAGGGGCCUUGGGGGAAACUUUUAUAACCCCUACAGCAAAGACUUGGGCAUGGCACAAACUUUAUCUCCACCGCUGGGUAGCUCAGGCCUGGAGCCAACCAUGCACGGCUAUGGCUCUUUAGGGAGCCAGAAUGGACACAGCAACCAGAUGUUAGCAGCCAGCCAUGAGGUCCAUAUGGGCAGCAACGGGGGUAACCUAUUCUGCAGAACAGCAGACUUUGGAAGGGAAAUGUCACCACCCGCUUUGGUGGGGGACCAUGGGGUCAGCCACCAUCUGAACAAGAUGGACAGCCACCCACAACAUAUACCGACCUACCACCCCCAUCUUUAUGCCCAGAGCUACCAGCACCAUCAUUACAACCAACAGGCCUCAAAGCUGGGGGAGCUCGCUGUCUCUUCCUCCUCUUCUUCCCCCUCUUCUCAUUCCGCUCUGUCUAGAGAGGGCAUGUUGGCCAGCUCUCAGAGCAGCAGCGCAGGUGAGGAGAUCAACACCAAAGAUGUGGCGCAGAGGAUCAUUACAGAGCUGAAAAGGUACAGCAUCCCACAGGCCAUCUUUGCAGAAAGGGUGCUAUGCCGCUCUCAGGGCACGCUGUCUGACCUGCUGCGCAACCCCAAGCCCUGGAGCAAGCUCAAGUCCGGCCGGGAGACCUUCAAAAGAAUGUCUCGCUGGUUGCAAGAACCAGAAUUUCAAAGGAUGGCAUCAUUGCGACUGGAAGCUUGUAAACGUAAAGAGCUGGAGCAGUCAAAGCAGGAGAGGAACAAGGGACCAAAGAGAACUCGGCUGGUCUUCACAGACCUGCAGCGUCGUACCCUGAUGGCCAUCUUCAGAGAAAACCAGCGGCCUGCGAAGGAGCUGCAGGUGACCAUCGCGCAGCAGCUGGGCCUCGAGCACUCCACCGUCAGCAACUUCUUCAUGAAUGCUCGCCGAAGAAACAUCAACCGCUGGAGCGAGGAGGGCCGUCCAUCCUCCACCGGCUCCUCCGGGUCCAGUACCUCCUCCCCUACCGUAUCCUGCACCACAGCAUAA